AGAAGUAAUGGAAAAUAAUACUGUAAAAGAAAUCUGAUAUUGGUACUCAGCGGGGAGGACCUUGUUCUGUUCUCACCUAAUUCCAUGAGUGUCAGGCAAGUUCAAACACUACGCGCAUUUGAUAACCUUAACAGCAACAGCAUCUUAACUCUCAUCACAAAAUCAACAUCUAUCUCUCAAACACAACAAGUUCACGCUCAUAUCCUCAAAACUGGCCAUUCUAAUGACACCUAUUUCACCAACAAUCUCCUUUCCCUAUACGUCAACUGUCAACGCUUUACCGAUGCAGAAUCUCUUCUCCACUCGCUUCCUAACCCCAAUAUCUUCUCUUUCAAAGCCCUCAUUCACGCUUCUUCAAAAUCCAAUCUUUUCAGCUACACACUUGUUUUAUUUUCUCGACUUAUAUCGGCAUGUAUUUUGCCUGAUGUACAUAUCCUUCCUAGUGCUAUUAAGGCUUGUGCUGGAUUAUCGGCGGUAGAAGUUGGGAAGCAAGUUCAUGGGUUUGGUUUAACAACUGGGUUGGCUUUAGAUUCGUUUGUUGAAGCUUCUUUGGUUCAUAUGUACGUGAAAUGUAACCAGUUGAAAUGUGCACGUAAGAUGUUUGAUAAAAUGCUUGAACCGGAUUUGGUUUCUUGGAGUGCUUUAGCUUCCGGUUAUGCGAAACGAGGGGAUGUUGUUAAUGCUAAGUUGGUGUUUGAUCAAGCUGGGAAGUUGGGUAUUGAGCCGAAUCUUGUUUCGUGGAAUGGUAUGAUUGCGGGGUUUAAUCAAAGGGGGUGUUAUUCGGAGGCGGUUUUGAUGUUUCUGAGGAUGAAUUCAGUAGGGUUUAGUAGUGACGGGACUAGUAUUUCUAGCGUUCUUCCUUCUAUAGGUGGCUUGGAGGAUCUUAAGAUGGGUGUUCAAGUUCAUUGUUAUGUGAUUAAAAUGGGCCUUGAAUGUGAUAUCUGUAUUAUCAGCGCGUUAAUUGAUAUGUAUGGCAAGUGUAGGUGUACUUUGGAGAUGUCACGAGUCUUUGAAGGAGAAGAGGAAAUGGAUUUGGGUGCUUUUAAUGCUUUGGUAGCUGGGCUCUCGCGGAAUGGUCUUGUUGAUGAGGCUUUCAAAGUAUUCAAAAAGUUUAAGCGCAAAGGGACUGAAUUGAAUGUGGUCUCGUGGACUUCGAUGAUUGGUUCUUGCUCGCAACAUGGCAAAGACCUUGAAGCUCUAGAGAUUUUCAGAGAAAUGCAGUUGGCUAGGGUGAUGCCAAACUCUGUAACAAUCUCUUGUUUGCUUCCAGCUUGUGGCAAUAUUGCAGCACUAGUACACGGAAAGGCAACACAUUGCUUCUCUCUGAGAAAUUGUUUUUCAGAUGAUGUCUAUGUUGGUAGUGCAUUAAUAGAUAUGUAUGCCAAUUGUGGAAGGAUUCAGGUGGCUCGCGUCGUUUUUGAUAGGAUGUCCAUACGUAAUUUGGUUUGUUGGAACGCAAUGACCAGUGGAUAUGCAAUGCACGGAAAGGCUAUGGAAGCUAUUGAGAUCUUUGAGCUAAUGCAAAGGAGUGGGCAGAAACCUGACUUCAUUAGUUUCACGAGUGUUUUAUCUGCAUGCAGCCAAGCAGGCCUUAUAGAACAAGGGCAAGAUUACUUUUAUUCUAUGUCUAGAGUUCAUGGACUUGAGGCCAGAGUUGAGCACUAUGCUUGUAUGGUGAGCCUUCUUGGCCGUGCAGGAAAGCUCAAAGAAGCAUAUAACAUGAUGUCCACGAUGCCAGUUGAACCUGAUGCAUGUGUGUGGGGUGCUUUAUUAAGUUCUUGUAGACUACACCGCAAUACGAGUUUGGGUGAGAUUGCUGCUUGUAAGCUCUUUGAGCUAGAACCCAAGAAUCCUGGAAACUACAUCCUACUGUCCAAUAUUUAUGCUUCUAACAAUAGAUGGAAAGAAGUAGACAGGGUGAGGGACAGGAUGAAAUAUGUGGGUUUGAGUAAAAAUCCUGGAUGUAGUUGGAUUGAAAUAAAAAACAAAGUGCACAUGUUAUUAGCAGGAGAUGAUUUACAUCCUCAAAUGCCACAGAUUAUGGAAAAGUUGCGAAAAUUUAGCAUGGACAUGAAGAAUUCAGGUGUUUCACAUGAUAUGGAUUUUGUUUUGCAAGAUGUUGAAGAACAGGACAAGGAGCUGAUCUUGUGUGGACAUAGUGAGAAGUUGGCGGUAGUUUUAGGAAUUUUGAACACUAAUCCUGGGACUCCUCUAAGUGUCAUAAAGAACCUUAGAAUAUGUGGGGACUGCCAUUCGUUUAUCAAAUUCAUCUCCAGCUUUGAGGGGAGAGAGAUUUAUGUUAGAGACGCGAACCGUUUUCAUCACUUCAAAGAAGGUGUCUGCUCAUGUGGGGAUUAUUGGUGAUUAAGAUUUUUAAUUUCUCGAGAAGUUCUUCGAGCAUUUGAUGGCAAUCGGAAGCAGGACCUCAGUGAAUCCAGUUGUGGGUAGGAUGCAACAAAACUAGUUGCAUUUGUACAAAAUUGGAGCUCAGCAGCCAGCUUUGAUCCCAGUGUCUGAAUCUAGCAAUCCAAGCAGUUAUAGUCAGCCUUACCUUUAUACUAUUCAAAUCUCUAAUGUCUGAGGUCCUCUUUGUUCAUUGCAGAUGAUGAACCUUGAUUCAUUGAUUAAGUUGAAAAACCUUGGAAUCUGUGGGAGCUGCCAUGUCUUUAUCAAAUUCAUUUCCUGCUUUGAAGGGUCGGGGAUUUUGUUAGAGACCACCUUUUUCAUCACUCUUUUGAAGGUAUGUGUCCACAUGAGGAUCCUUCGUGAUUGAGUUUUGUAAUUCACUACAACAAAUCCAAUUUAAUCCCAUAAGUGGGGUCUGGGGAGGGUAGUGUGUACGCAGACCUUACCCCUACCCUAUAAAGGUAGAGAGGCUGAUUCCGGUAGACCCUUGGCUCAAGGAGUUUUGUAAUUCAAUGAGGAAGUUAUUUGAGCUAUGACAGCACCUUGAAGCUGGAUCUGUGAAUCCAAAAUGCAAGAGGACUGUUGCUUUUAUGAGAAAUUUGAACUUGGCAGCUGUUAUUCCAAAGGCUGAAUCUAACGUCCAAGCGCUUGUAAUCAGCAUACCUUUUUUUUCUUGAUGAGUACUUGUAAUCAGCCAUUUUUCAUAUAGCCAUCUUUUUGUUCAGCCUCUGAUGCCUAAGAAUGUCAUA